AUGACGCUCAAGGAACAGACGGCGUCCAUCGAUCGCCUGCAGAAGGAGAACUUCGAUCUCAAGAUCAAAGUGUAUUACCUCAACGAGAAACUCGAGAAGCAGAGCGACGAGGGGGUGAAGGAAGCACUGCAGGAGAACGUCGACAUGAAGGUGAAGCUUGCGGAGGGCAUGAGGGAGCGCAAGGCCCUCAAGAAACGCAUUCGUGAGCUCGAGCGGAAAGUCGAGGAACUCGGCGGCGAGAAGCAGAGAGAGGAAGAGGCGUCAGCUGCAGCUGAGUCUGAGGAGAUAUGGGAGCUCAGAGAGAGGAUCGAGAAAUAUGAGGUUGAGAUUGAAGGAUAUCGCAGAAGGGAUACGGAGAAGACUGAGCGCAUGCGCGAGUUCCGGAGACAGACCACUAAUGGACAUCAAGCGAAUGAGGAAUUGCUCGAGCAGAUGCGCGAUCUCCUUAACUCGGAGACUGCCCGUCGCGAGGCUGCUGACGCGGAAAACCUGCGGCUACGGGAUGAAGUUUACCGCAUGCGCGCUCAUGACCACGCAACACCGCUAUCCAGGGCCACAUCGCGCUCCGAGCGCUCUCAGUCACGUAGCGGGGGUGCAGACAACGCCGCCGUCACACAAUUGAGUCAAGUCCGUCGUGAGAACGAGGAUCUCCGUCGCGAGGUUACCGCCCAGACAUCAAUGCUCACUUCACGCAAUCGCGAGAAAGAGCGUUUGUACGCCGAGAUUGAGGAUCUCAAGAUCUGCAUGCGCAAUGGCGGCCAGGCACCAGCAUUCGAGAGCGCGUCUAGGGCUCCGUCGGUGUUUUCGGAACGGCUGGCUGAACGCUCAGGAUCCCGGUCCGGCGGUGUUGCGAGUUCCGCUAGUACUCACGUUAGCACCGUUACCGAGUCCGAACGAGAGGACUUUGAAAACACCAACGGUGCCUUGCGUGACAGAAUUUCUGAGCUCCGCCUCAAGAAUCAGGACCUCGAACAGCAGAUCGAAGAAGUCUUCCAGGAACUCGAACAUCGGCGCGAAGAGCUCGAUGCUACAGGCGAAGAACUCGACAUGGCAAACGCCGAGCUCCAAGAGAUGCAGAACGAGCGCGAUGAAGCCUUGCAACAGCGCGAAGAGAUCGAACUCGAUUUCGACCAGCUCAAGGAGGAAGCGGAAGAGGAGCUCCGGCGCCUCGAGGAUGAGGUUGAUCUCCGCGGUAACGAAAUCCUACGGUUGGAAGACGAGAUCCGGAUCAAGGAAGAGGACUUCAGUGCUAUGCAACGCGAGCUCCGCAAUGUUUCCGAUUCUGUGGUGCGGUUCGAAGAUGCGCAGGAAAUCCACCAGGGCGAGAUCAGAAGAUAUGAAGAACGCAUUCAGGACCUCGAACGUACCAUCCAUGAGAACGAACAGGAGAUGAACGUCCUCGAGAAUACGCUCCGCGAGAACAACGAGAAGAUUGAGCGCCUCACUGUGCAGGGCGAGAGUGCGAAGGGCGAGAUUGCCUUCUUGAGGGAAGAGCAGGACGGAGACAAAAUCCUCAUUGGAGAGCUGCAGAGUAAAAUUAAGCAGCUUGACGCGGCGAUAGAAGACGAGAGAGACAAGGUCCGCGAUGCACGAGCACAAAUCGACUCCGAGCGCAACCAGCGUGAGCAGCACGGUGAUCUGCGCCAACAAGAAUGGGAGCGCCGCCUGAACGAGAAGAGCCAAGAGCUCACGGCGACCAAAGACGAGAUCCGCCGCCUCAAGAGCAAGGUCUGCAACCGCGAGGAUGAGGCCAAAACCUGGAGGGAACGACUUGAAGAUCUCGAGCGAGGCCUCAGGGAGGCACUGGGUGACCUGGGCGGUACCAGGGCCGGGCUUAUGCAGUCCGUACUCAACCUCCAAAACGACCUCGAUGCCACCCUCGAAGACCUGGACCAAGCUCGUAACGAGCUGACGGAGAAAGACCGCAACCUCAAAGACCGCGAGAACCUUCUCGAGUCGAUGGCGCUCGAGAGCCGAAAACUCACCGACCUCCUGGAGAAAGAACGUAGCCAGCGGGGACGCGACAAGAACGCUCUCGAAGUCCUCCAGUCCACUACGACCCAGGACUCUCGGCGCAUCAGUCAACACCAGCGCCAAACCGAAGUCCUCGAAAAGCAGCGGCAAAAGGAAGCGAAGAGCCUCAAGCAUCUCGAAGACCAAUUCAAGGAGCAGAUCGCCGAGCGCAAUAAUCUUCUCCUCCAAGUCUGGCAGCGCCUAUCCGCUGUUUGCGGCGCCGACUGGUCCUCGCGGAAUUCGCACGUCAUCACUCCCAGUCCCUCGGGCGUGGACGACGGAAAGCUCUCUAUGGAUACCGCUAUCAUCUCUGCGUUCCCCGGCUUUACGAGGAACCUCAUGAUCGCCGUCAAGACCAUCGAAAGCAUCGUCGCCGGCUUCAAGACGAAGUGCCGUGGCGUCGAACGCGACCUCUGGAAAGAGUAUCAAGUGGUCGAGAACGCCGUCGAGCAGCGCACAAGACGUAUCGAGCGGCUGGAGGGGCUCAUCCGCAACGGCAUGGGCGAGGGCUCAGAGAAGAUCCGGACGGAGCUGGCGAAGCUGCGUACCGAGAACCGCAUGCUGAAGGCCGAGGUGGGCACGUUAAAGACGGAGAACACCGCGCACUCCGCGACAAACCCCAGUAUUGCCAUUUCUCCGCCCACGAAGCGCGACCGCUCGUCACGCACUCACACUCACUCUCACACAUCCACCUCCCACUCAGCCGCCCCUGCGGAACACAAGGAAAAAGCCACCGAAAAGGCGCCGGAAAAAGACUCCCUGAAGGAACCCUCGAAACAGAGAUCCUCCUCCUCGUCCUCGUCGCAGAAAGACAAGCCCCUCGCCGUAGUCCGCACCGACACCCCGCCCACCGCCACGGCUACAUCUAAGUCCACCUCCUCCACCUCCACCUCCAACCCCGCCGCCACCACCACCGGCGCCACCGGCUCCUCCACGGCCGAAGGCGGCAGCGGCGGCAGCGGUAGCGGCAGCGGAGCCGGCGGCGAAAAACGCUGGAUCCUGCGGCUCCGCGAGCUCGAGAAGCGGCUGAAGCAGGAGCGCGAAGCGCGCCUCCUCGACCGCAGCAUGGCAAACAAGAAGAUACAGGAGACGCGCGGGGAGCGCGAGGAGAUGAGGCGCGAGCUGGAGAGGGAGAGGGUACGCGGGAAUAGCGCUAUGAGUGGACGGUCUUCCUGA